AUACCAGAUAAAUCGUGUAUUAGCUAUGGCAACCGUAAGGCUUAACUCACUGACAGGAACCAGGGGAAAGAUCCCAACAUCAUCAUUUGUGUCAAAUCCAAGCAUGUUGUCGCCUUCAUUUCGUUGUCACAAAAAAUGGGUUUCAAGAAGAAUGACUGUAAACGCCAUGGGAUGUGGAGGAGCCAAGCAUAAAGGGACUCAAAUGAGGGAGAAACAGUUAACUGAGAUGAUUAAGAUGAAAGUGACAGAAGCCAAGCAAGUAUGUGAAGGAGAUGACACAUCUGAUGAAUGCAAAGUAGCUUGGGAUGAAGUUGAAGAGGUGAGUCAAGCCAAAGCUGAUCUUAGGCUCAGACUUGAAGUUGAAAAGAAAGAUCCUCUAGAAUCUGUGUCAGGAAAACCCAGAGAUUGAAGAGUGCAAGGUUUAUGAAGAUUGAUGAAAAAAAUCCUUGUUUUAUCUGUGUUCAUGGGGUUAUUGUUGUU